AUGGUGAAGUCACGAAAUAGAGAGGAUCCUUCUGCGAUGGACAAUCCACUACGUUCUAUCGCAGGAGUAGAAUGCACGUGGCCUCCUUUGGACCAGGAAAUCGUUACUCCAACUAUAGAACCUUCAUUACCUUACUCUCCCGAAAGUCUUCAAGAAGAAUCGAUGACCCCUACUACAACAACUACUACUACACCAACGCCGAUGCGACGUCGCAGCAACUCCAGUCACCAGCAAGGUGGUAAACGUCCUGCCACUGCCAACAGCAGGACCUCCAACACUGGAGGAAUCAGUCACGUUGAUGAUAAUUCUCACGGAAGUGAUAACAAUUCAACAGAUUCUAGUUCAGCAAGUGACGAAGCCUGUUCAGCAUCUGUAAAACAUCCAAAGCAGCAGAAAAAAUCCUCAUCGUCCUCGUCUGUAACUUCAUCGUCCAGUGGCAACCGGAGGAAGAGGAACACCCUCAGCGCUCGAGAACGGAAUCUGAGAAGACUUGAGAGUAAUGAAAGGGAAAGGAUGCGUAUGCAUAGUCUCAACGAUGCAUUCCAGGCCCUAAGAGAAGUCAUUCCUCACGUAAACAUGGAAAGGAAGCUGUCCAAAAUUGAGACUCUUACUCUAGCGAAGCAUUAUAUCAUGGCGUUGACUAAUGUCAUUUGCCAGAUGCGUGGUGAGCAAGUACCGUACAAGUUGCCAAUCAAUUCACAAGCCCCUGAGGUCGGAAGCAGCAAUCCUAUGAGUCCUGAUACCGGAGAUGCAAGAGAUGAUUUCCUUUCCGCUGCUCACCAACAGCAGUGCUUCGAAUUAGCAGCGAAUAACAUCGCGCAAAGAAAUGGCAGCGAAGAGGACGUUGAUCAACUCAGCAUCAACUCCGAGGAAAUACCAGUAACACUUUAGCAUCAAAAUAUUAUGCUCGAAAGUUGGAAGAAAAGCCCAGGGAUGAAUAUCAUGGACAGACUCUAUUAAACUACGAUCCCUUUAUGCUCUUUAUUUGCCGCUACAAUUCAGCCAAUUAAGUGCAGGGAUCGCUACCAUUGUUAAUUGAAAUCUUGUGUUGACGCUUCUUGAUCUGGAUGGUCCUCAGUGGGUAUGAGGUACAUUUGCAAUGAAAGCGUUCGCUUCUGGGGGGGCGCAAAAAUAAUGCUCGUAUUCGUAUACUGUAUAAAUAUUUGUGGAUAACCUGUUUGCAGAAGUUUCGUGUAUUCCAAGCUUUACGACUGCAUUAGUUCUCAUUCUGAGUUGGUGAAUAUGGAAUCAAGUAAGAAUUCUUUUUUCUAAAGCAUACUGACGCAAUAUGCCCACAAACUUCAUGACAUUCAGUAGCUAUCGUACCAUGUCGUGCUUUGGGGCUAGCUUUCAGAGUGGCCUAAGAUAUGUUGUUCUCACAAACUUAACAAAAUUUGUAGCUCCAUUUGUGGAGAUAGAGUUUUUUAGUAAUAUAUGGCUAUUUUCCCUCUCUGAGUCGUGUUUUGAGCAAAGUGUUUCGUUUUCCAUAAAAAUGAAGGUCAUGUUUUUCAGUAAACUAUAAGUUUUCAAACUAGGCAGCAUUGAGUAAAUCCUACUCAAAGACUAAUUUGUCAUAUCAAAUUAAAUAUUUUUAAAAAUAAUCCUAGUCUACAAUAUAUUAUUAGCAGAUAAUACUGCUUAUAUUGAAACAGGUGCCUAGAUCUGCUCUUAAGACUUCAUAAAAUUUUAAACAUACAUUUUAUUUUGAAGCUAUAUUAAAAACUGAGGUCAUUGACUCUCCAGGUCCCUUAAUCGUAGUGCAUUCAUUUGCCUUUUAUAGUUUUCUUUAUUCUUAAAUUUUGAUGUUUAAAUAUUUAUUGAAAUGUUUAAACAUCAGUAUUUAAUUUGUUUAACAUAAAUUUCUUAUCUAAACUUUGUAGCUUAUAAUUCUGAUUUAAUAAAUUUAAAGCUAAAUCAUGUCGAAAUGGUAAUUAAGGAACUAAAACAUAAAAAAAAAAAACUUAUCUUUAACAGUCUCUAAAGCUGGUUUUAUUGCAGUUUGAACAUCGCACUGAUUUCGUCAAUGCAUAACAUCUAUUAUAAUGUUAUUUUCUAUAGUAAAAUAUGUCAUAUUAAAAUCUAAUUUUUAGUUUUUAAACUAAUAGAUAGACGAAUGUUCUUUGCAAGUAAAAUGAAAAUGUCUUUGUAUAAAUUAUUAGGCUUUAUAGCUUUUAAGUAUGACAAUUCUUACAAAGAUAAUUUGAAUUUUGAAAUUAAUUAGAAAAAUGAUUUAUUUUUAUUCAAUUGCCACUCAAUGAUUUCAAGGAAAUGGUGUUUCAUUUAACUAAACUAUGAUAUGCGUAUAUAUUAAAUAAUAAAUAUUAUCCUUUUAUGAUCAAAAUACAUACCAGAAUUCUCAAUAAUAUUACUAAGGAAAUACACUUCCCAAUGUAAAUAUUGAAUAAUCACUUAUAAGUGAUUAUUCAAUAGUUACUUUGGGAAUUAUUAACAUGUAAAAUGAGAAAAAUGAGCCAAGCAUGUAGAUUUCCUAAAAUGUUAUUUUUUCCUUCAAACAUUUAUGUGAGAUUCUGAUAAUUCAUAUUCCAGCAUUAUUGAAGAUCCUUUUGCGCCACAUUAUUCUGUAAAUUUCUAUUUAUUCAUUUAUUAGUUGAAUUAGCAUGUUAUUAAAUGUAGUAUAACCCAACCUAUAUAUAUAUAUAUAUAUACUAUAUAUAAUUAUUUAUAGGUUAUACUACAUUUAAUUUAAAGUUAUGACUAUCAUAUCAAGUUUUAGCUAACUGUUAUGUCAUGUAAAUCAUCAAACCUUUCGAGGAGCUGAACUGCUAUUAUUACAUUAUUGUUGCUCAAAAAUUUCUAUAGUAUAAAUAAUUACAAGUAAUUUAUGUUUAAAUAUGUAAAUAUACCUCACAUGAUUUUUCUUGCUAAUUUUUUAUGUUAAUUAUUUCCUGAGGCUAAUUAAUUAUUUAGCCAAUGCUAUUUUCACAAAUAAAACCCAAACCGCUAUUUUACAAGAAUCUAUUUUGCGUCUUCUAAAUGCAAAAUUUAACAUUGAACAUUUUAAUAUAUUUAGCAAAUGAAAUGUAUGAAAUUGACUUAGUCAUUAUUAUUAUAGUCGUUAUUAAAAGUUAUGUCAUUUAACGUACCCAGAGGGUAACGUUUAACGUAGAACGCUUAACAUUUAACGUUUGCUUUCAUUUUCAAUUAAUUUCGUACGAGGCGUGAUUAAUGUGUGAUUAUUAGCUAAAACAUGUCUUUGAUCUAGUUUUGUAAGUGUCAGUGGAGGACGGCAUUUAACAGAAUAUUUUCUCUUUUCAAUUCUCUUUAAUUAAACUGAAAAAAAUUACCACCAUGUAAACAUUUUAAUUAUUUCCGUUGCAGAAAUUCUGAAUAAAUGCAGCAUUUCAGGAAUUAUAGUUAAAGACAAAGCAAACAUUUGGAUGUUAAAUGCAGCGCCUCGCAUCUAUCACUGUUUUACACACACGAAAAAAAGAAAUCCACAGAAUUCCCAUAGGUUUCUAAAGACAGCCAGAGCACAUAUUUGUUCAUAAGUUUCUUCGUGAGAAAGCUGCGUUUGAGCAAUUUAAUGCCUAUGGACCAGUUUAACGAAUGCUAUUUUUAUAGUGUUUAUAUUAUUACAUAGCUACCAAUAAGUAUUGCUGUUUAUUUUACUGAAACAUAAUACCCAUUAUCUUUUAUUCUUUGAUAUGAGUAGAUUUGUAAUUUUAAUUGAAGUAUAAGAAUAUUUAAAAAUGCAAUUUUUAUUUUAAAGCAUGACACAUCUGUCUGUUGAGAAUGCCCUUAACUUACUUUUUCUUGCAAUGGUAUUCAUGAUUUUAAUGCGACUGGGAUUAAAAUCUGAAAUGUGAUUAUUUUGGGAUUCCUUUUUACCAAGAUUAAGAUAUUCAGCAAAUGAAACUAGUAGAGUAAAUAUGCUCUUUAAAAACCAUCAACUCAAACUAAAAAAUGUAAGCAAAUUUCUAAUAAACCCAUCUUUAAAAACAAAUUCUUGACCAAUAAUUCUGUUUAGCGGUAAACAUUUCAUAGUCGAGAAAUUUAUUUCAUACUUACAUACUUGAAAUAUGUGCUAUUUGGAAUCAUUUCAUGGGUAGCAAAAGGGAAACAAAAGUAAUAUUUUGUAUUAAUUAUUUUAUUUGAUACCUGGAUUUUAUGUUUUUAUAUCUUUUACACGAAGUGUAAUUCUUAUUUAGUUUGUAAUUUUUGGAUUGAAUUUCAAAAUUUUUAGUCAUAUAUUUAUUCAUAAUUUAUUUUCCGGUACUACAGAAAAUGCUUGUCAUAAAGGCAUUUUUUGCGUGUAUCUACAAAUAACAUUUUUAAAAAUUUUUAUUAAACAUAACUUCAAUUCAGAAAAAUCAAAUUUAUUUUCAAGACAUAGGUGUAUUAAACUAUGUAUGUCAAAUAUCGAUUUUGUAUAAAUAACUAAACGUAUGUGAAUAAUGCCUAAAUUCUUUAGAUUAUUUAUCUGUAAAUGUUAUAUGUGUGGUUCUUCCGAUGUGUUUAGUCGUUAUUUUAAUACAGAAACAAACGAUGAUUACUAGAGAGUGGUCUAAACUUUUACCUGGUAUACUGAAAUCUUGUUCGUAAUCAUUAUGCUGAAGGUCCCAUGAAUCUAUAAGGAAAAGUAUGCUUUUUUAAGAUCCUAUAUUUAUUGGCAUAAUAUUUUAUUUGAAGAUAGAUAGAUAUCAUAUUCUGCUGGCAAAGAAAAUGUUAUUGUAUUAAACUUGAAACUUGGGUUCAUGGGAAUCGUACCAUGCCAAAUAAAAUGCUGCUAUAUUAAAUUAUGUUUAAAAUCUGUCCAAACAAAUAACAGUUUCUAUUUUCUAAAUUAUCAAUAAUAUGCAAUAAUAAGUUUACGUAAAAAUAUUUUAAGAUCACAAAAAUAUUUGGUAAGUAAUUUUAUGCGCAUUGAAAAAAAUUUGUCUCAGUAGCAUAGACUGCUGAAAAUACCUCUGAAAUUAAUCAUAAAUAAUAAAAUUAUGUAAAAAUAAAAGUAAAAUAGCUGAACUUUUAUUUACAUUAAGUAUUUGGUAAAAUAUGAGUUUUUCUUUUACUUUUAUAACUGCCGUUAAAAUUAUUUUAUUUUAAUCACUUUAAUGGUUUCAAAUAUUUUUAUAUUCAUAAAUGUUGUUAAGUUAAGCAACGUUCAGCCUUAGAUUAAAGUGGUUUUAGAAACUAUUUUCUAUAUGUUUCAAUGUUACCCUCACGGGCGGUAGGUUUUUCUCAAGAAUCAUUCUUCCUCUAUUACUCGAAGAAAGUUUUCUGACUUUUCCAAAUGUAUAGAGCAUUUUAUGGAUGAUAAUACCGAUAUAAAGUUGACUUUUGCCUAUUGAAAAAUUUAAAUUAGCGUUUUUUUCUUACACCUGUCAAUAAUAGAGGUUAUUCAUCUUAUAAAAAUAUCUUUCAUUUGCUUAAAAAACAUGUCUUAUGAUAUAAUUUUAUCGUUAAAUCUACCAACAUUCUGAAUUAUCGCAGAAGAAGUAAUAAUGCUUUCUGGAUUAAAAAAAUACUCAGAUGUGAAUAGAAUCGUAUUUCGAGUUUAAUUUUUUUCCACAUUUAUUCAAAAUUAGCUGCUUUUGUUAGUAUUGCUUAAAUAAUGUUUAACAACCAUGUAAUUUAAAUACCUUUUUAAUUAUUUUUAUUAUAUCAAAAUUUAAAAAAAGCUUGAUUCAAUUAAACCGCAAAAAUUCAUUAUCCUAUGUUAUGUAAUUUAAAAAAAUGUACAAUGUUUUCCAAAGAUAACUUGAAACAUAAAAUGUUUAAUGUUUUAGGAUUUUUUUUCUGUCAUUAAUGAAACUCUUAAUAAAACAAACAAAUAAGUAACUUUCUUAAUAAUAUUUAAAUAUAAUUUUAUGUCGACAAUAUCCCCUUUACUGCAAAAUUAUACAGAUGGUAGUAAUAAAUUUCUUACUGCUUUGUUAUUUCCUAAAUUUUCGUUAUUCGGCCUUACAUUUUCUGUGCUUCUUUUUUUAACUUUAAUUUUCAUUCUUAAUGAACCAAAAUAAAACUCAGUUAGGUAUUCCUACUACCUAAAAUAAAUUAAAAAGUUCGGUAUUCUAUACUUUUUGUGAGUUAUAGUCAUUCUGUGUUCUAUCCAAAAGUUAUUUAAAUGGACGUGCAUUUUACACAGUAAACCGAUUUUUUCUUUGAAUGUUCCUUUAGAAAUUCUGCAUUAUGAUUGUAACUGAAUAUAGAAUUUUAUACCGGAAUUAUAAAUACGCAUAUCAAAAGUCUUUCAUUACAAGUAAUAAUGGCAUAAAAGCUUGCAUUUUACUGUUAAAAAUUGAACCUCAAUUUGAUGUUAAUUUUAAAUAGUUGUGUCAAUCCAAAGUUGCGUUUGUGCCAAUUGUGAAACGAAACAGCUGUCAUUGAAUUAGUGUUCAUUAUUAUUCCAAAUUUAUUAAGUAAAAUAUUUUAAAAUUAUAAAUGAGCUUCGUCUAGUCAUUUGUACCAUUAUUUUUGCUAUAACUGUUUAUAUUAUUCAGAUCAAGUCAUUUGAUGAUGUAAUGAAACACAUUACAAUUCAGAUAAAUUUGUUUGUGCACUGUAAUAUCUAAAGUCUUAGCAGGGUAAACUUGAUUCAAUUGGAAUAGAAGAGAAAUACGCCAAUGUAACAUUCAAAAUCGCAAUACCAACCUUGUAUUUAGCGUACAUAUAUUAAAAAACUCAAUCUAUUUCGAAAUCGAUUGAGUGUUUUAAUAUAUGUACGCUAAAUACAAGGUUGUUAUUGUGAUUUUGAUUCAAUUGUUUUUCUUAUUACAUAGAUCAGUUACCUGUAUUCAAGCAACAAAUAUUUAAGUGCAUAAAUUUAAUCUGGAUCAACUUCAGAUUGGUGAUAUCGAAAUUGUGCUAGAAUAAACCUGCUUCAUUAUUCUUUGAUUAGUUGACUACCUUUUGCUUUAAAGAUGUUGCUGCUCUCCCUCGUUAAUUUUCCUUCGGAAAGACAACUUUGUCCUUCUUUUUUUAAAAUAUGGACUAUUAAUUACAGAUUUUCAAUCAAAAGUGAACUUCUCAUAGCAACAGUAAAUGUUUACGAAGCUUAUCUUGCUUACAGCAUAUGUUGGAAAUGACAUGCCCAGUUAUUAUAUUUGUCUAAGUAUUUCACCCUGCUCCUAGCAGGUUUAAGGAAAUUCUUUUAUCUGUUCUCUAGAUGAAAGCAGUAAUGUUAAUUUUCAACUUUUUAGAAUAUGUAGAAUUCAAUUUGGCUUAAUCAUCCGCAUAAAAGUAUAAACAGAUAAGUAUGCGGAUCUCGUUAGCUAUAGCUCUUGAUAUAAAUUCCAUCAUCAGAAAUUAUUCCCAGCAUCGUUAUGGUGAAAUAUGCUAUAUGACAUGUCGCAGCAAAUCCGGGAAUUAACUCCAUCUUUCUGCUUUAGCCUCCUCAACGGCUUACCAGACGAUCUCGUAUAUCAUCCACAAUAUCCAAUAUCCUUGUUAAAGUAUAACUUUUUAUCAUUUAUCACUUUCAAUAUAGACCUAAAUCCACGAAAUCUUUUUAUGAACUCCUAAAUCGAACUUGUAUUUCUAUCCAAAAGUUAUUUAGUAGGUCCUUUCCAAAUUUACUAGAAAAUUGGGCAUCACACUGAACAUAUGAAUUAACCUGAAAUAAAAUUAUCUUGGAAAAGUGUUUCGAUUCGUUUGAAGUCGCAAGGUUACUUUACAGUAUUAAAAAAAAUGUAAAAUAAGCAAUAAAAACUGCGACCAUGUUCAACAUUUGCCGUCCUCAAAUGAUUCACCAGGUCAGUUUCUGCUUUCGAAGAUAAUUCAGUUCUUUCUCCUCUGCUUUCUCCACCCCCAAAGAAACUAAUUUAUUAGCCUCUACUCAUAAUUUCGAAGAAUCGUAGUAAGUAGAACAUGCAUAAAAUUAUGUCUCUUGAAUGUACAUCCAGUUCAAAUUCACAUCUUGUAUGUACAAGAAUUUUGAUUCAUAAAUAUACAUUCACAAGUUUUAUUAAAAAGUAUGUGUAAUGCAAAAUUUUAUUGUCCGCAUAUAAUGCAAAUAAAAUUUUUUCCUAUCAUGUUACUAAAUGUUUUUAUCCAAAAUUUAUAAUUAUUUGUUAAAUUUUAAAUUCAGUAAUCUUUCUGAGGUUUUUUUAAUGCAAUUCUUUGAAUUCAGUUUAACAGAAAACGAUAAAGGCAACAAUGAAAAUUUUGUUAACACAUAUACUAUCUAUUAAGAGCUAGUAAUAACGAAUAUAAUAUAGUUUAGGAUAUCUUGUGAUGUUAUAAAGCUAGCGAGAAUUAGUUCAAAAUGUGUUUAAAGUCAAAAAGUGUUUGUAUAAGAUUUAAGGGAAAGAAAUUUCGUGUUCAAGAUAAUUUCACGGUUUUCAGAUACAAUUUUCUGAAUUCUCUGAAUAUAGAGUUUAAUGAGUUUUAUUUACCAAGCAAAAGACAGAGCGGGAUGUAAUUAUAGCAUUUUUUUUUCUAAUUUAAUCCUCAAAUGUUAUUAACUGUGAUGGAUGGAAUCAUUAUUUCCUUAGUAAUUUAUAUAGUAAGUGAUUAAUAAUCAAAUGAGUAAUAUUAUGUUACUUUCAAUUUUGUGUUUACUAAGUUAAAAUUUUCUUUACUAUGAUACCUCGAAGUAAAAUUUAAAAAAUAGUAAUAAAGUAAUCACUAGGUUUAUUGCAUGUUGAUUACAGUUAUUUAAUUCUCCUUUCUUAAACAUUAUGUCGAAAUAUACGUCUACGAGUUACCUAUUGAAAUUUAAAUGCAUUUUAUUAUUGUAUUUCGUAUUACUAAACAACCAUAAAUGGUUUAUUAAUCUAGUUACUGAUGCAAAACACAAAAAUUUUUUUUUCGUCUUUAUCAUAUGUUUUCAUGAUCAGAUUAUGUACUACAUAGAUACCUCUUGAAGCUAUGAAACUAUCUGGUGAAAUUUCGAGAAACAAGCAAUUUAAUACCUACUACUUUCGAAAAAAAUGUAAGCAAUGCAUUCUAUUUUUGAUGAUGGGAUCCCUAUAUCAGAGUGACUUCAUAAAACUGAUGAAGCGCAUACUUACAUAUUCUGUUAUUGACUGGCAGUCAACCUAUUUUCUGUAGAAUUGUUUAUAUAGAUAUACUGUUUUUAUUCCCAUAUAUACUUUUAUUUUGUAUAUGUUAUUACCAAGUCAUGUUAUGGAAUUUUAUGUUGCAAUUUUAAAUUAUUAACAGUCAACUCUAAAAUAAUUCUGAUAUUUUCAUAAUUUUGUUGUUUCCCAGUUUCCCAUUCCGUGUUAUGAAAUUUUUAAAAUCAAGAUAUGAGCCUGAUUGCUAUAAUUUUGCUUAGUUUAAAUAAAUAAAUAAUUAUUUAUCGAUAGAAAAACAAAGUGCAGCACGACAUAUCUCUUAUUUGUAAUCUAAUUCAUUCUUUUAAUUACAGUACUUAAUUAGAAAUCGUGUAUUAAAUCAAGAAUGUUGUAACGGUAAUCAAAGUUUAAAAUUGACUCUUAUUUAACCCUUUCGCAUCGGUAGAGGCCAAAAUUUGUUUCUCUCAAUCAUCUGAAACGCCCUUAAAUACGAAUUUUCUUUGGAAUGGAUUUCCUUCCCACAUUCCAGGUAGAAUGCUACAGCGUUAAGAAUAACCCACUUAAGUGAAGCGAUUGCUUCUCUCUUGGGGAUCUCUGUGCGCUUUCAACCGCUGUGUGCAGCUUCCCUUUAGAAUAGAAUUGCAGCUGCGAGCAUCAAUAAUUAGACAUUGACGCUAAACAAAGGAAAGGAAAAGUGCAUUCAAAUAACAGAGUUAUUUUCAGUCACAUAGUUCUUUCAGUCAAACGAAUGAUUGGCAUAUCAUUUAAUAGCUCUUGAAACCAAUGACCUAUUUACUAACGCGAUGAGGGAAAGCACCAGGUAGAGAAUGGAUGAAGGCGUUCGGGGGACAUUGCUGUAAAGAAGAAAUUUUUUAAUAACAUAAGACUUUUACAAAAACUAAAAUCAUGCUUAAUUUUUUUUUUAAAUGUUAUGCGAUUUAAGCACUUAAACAUUUAAGAGUGGUAGGAAAACGUAGAAUCAAACUUAGAAUAAUUUUAAAUUAAAUUUCGGCACCAUUAUUGAAUUACUUAUAAUUUGACGGCUCCAGCGUAAAAACUUAUAAAAUAAAUAAAAUAUAUUUCUGCCGGAAUUGUAAUAACAUUACCAUUUUUUAAUUAGAUGCCGUAAUUAUCAGAGUCAUAGUACCAAGCUUAAAAUGAUUACUUUUUAGUAUUUACUGAACUUAGGUAUGAAUUAACGAAAACUACUAAAAACUAAAGCGUUGGUUUCCUUUCUAAAGUAAUUAAAUUUGUUUUUGAAAUUCCCUGUACCUCAGUUAAUUUUAAGGAAAUUAGUGGGUCGUUUUAUAUUUAUAAAAAAUACGCUUUUCGCCAGAAUUAGUGAUUUCAACUUUUGUUUAAAUUCUAUAAACAAAAGAAUGCGUGGUAGAAAUGUUUCCCCUGUGCUUUCUUUUGAAAGUUGAAACGAAACAUUUACAAUAAAAACUUUGCCAUUUCAGUAGCAUGUCUUCGCCACAUCCACGCCUAUGUUAUCUUUUUCAAAACGUGAAAUUCUGAAGAAUGGGAAGAAGUUUUAUUCAAAUGCACUUUUCCCGGUAGUAUAUUCACAAUAAGCUUUGUUUUUAUGAUUUUUACCAAAAGGGGAGAAAAAAUGUUUUAAACAGGUUUCAUGUCUGAGUUGACGGUAUAGCCUGCGGGUGUUGCUUUGGUUAAUAAAAAAUAGUUAUUCACGAAUGAUCGAAUGAUAAUAGGAUUUGGAGUGCUUCUUCUUCAUUUCUUCUCGAUUCCCGGCGCCAUCCCAUCAAUUCUCUUCGCUUCGCUUUCAUGGAUUGCCAGUCGGACAAUCAAAAAUGCGAAGUGGGUUGCUUCUUUUUUUACCCUGUAACGCCUGUGAUCAACCAGAAAAACCACUUCCUCUUUUCUCUCGAAUAUCUCAACUUCUUUUAUUCUACCUGAAAUUAUCUCAACGGGAUGGAAUUAGUUUAAUAUUGAUCACCUAUUUUUGAAGAAGGCGACUUUACUACUUUUUCGCAAGAACCGUUAUAUUCGAAUUCUUUGUUCCUCUUCGUGCACAAUUUCUAUUUAUUUAUUUUUUCUUAUAUUUUUUUAAACUUUUUUAACCUUUUCCCAGAGUUAAUUUAAAUGUUUUACGGCUGCUAUAUUAUUCCAGACGAUACCAACUCAACCCGCGUUGGAUAUUUUUCAUUAUUCUUUAAGAGAAUUAUUCAAAUUUAGUUCGUAGCUCAAAAUUUCAUGAGGAGUAGUAAGAAAAUAUUUUUUACGCGAUCCAGUCAUUUAUAUGCACUAAAGGGGGUCUGGGUAUUAGAAAAAAGGCAGUCUCUAAAAAUUCGAUUGCAGUUUUAUAUUGAGCUUGACUUUCUCAAUAAUAACUACUUAAAAAUUUGCAUUUUUUAAACUUAUUACUUUUCCAUAAUAAUAUGUUUAAAUAAAAAUAACAACUGAAAUUCGAUUACUUAAAUUAUUCAUUUACUUCUAAAUGCUAUUUAGAAUAGUUCGGUUCCUCCUUCCUUCAGUGGAAGUUAUUUACAACAUGACCAAUGUAUUACUAUAAUAAGUAUAAUUACUCUAAAAAUGUACACAUGGCUGUUCAAAAA